CGAAGCAGUGGACGGCUGGCCGCAGAUUGGCUGCGCUCAGCAGCUGGUUGAGCAACCGGCGUGAGGAGAGCACUUGGGCCAAGAUGGCGGCUGCUGAGGGACCGGUGGGUGACGGGGAGCUGUGGCAGACCUGGCUUCCUAACCAUGUCGUGUUCUCGCGGCUCCGGGAGGGACUGAAAAACCAGAGCCCAGCCGAAGCUGAGAAACCAGAUUCUUCAUCGUUGCCUUCGUCUCCGCCGCUGCCGCCGCAGUUGCUGACAAGAAACCUGGUCUUUGGCCUCGGCGGAGAGUUCUUCCUGUGGGACGGAGAAGCCAGCUCUUUCUUAGUCGUUCGCCUUCGGAGCCUCAACGGCGGCGGUGAGGAGCCUUCCCUCUCCCAGUACCAGAGAUUGCUUUGCAUAAAUCCACCCUUGUUUGAAAUCUAUCAAGUCUUACUAAGUCCGACACAACAUCAUGUAGCACUUAUAGGAGUAAAAGGACUUACAGUAUUAGAAUUACCUAAAAGAUGGGGGAAGAAUUCUGAAUUUGAAGGUGGAAAAUCAAAAGUGAAUUGUAGUACCACUCCAAUUGCUGAGAGGUUUUUCACCAGUUCUACCUCUCUGACUCUAAAGCAUGCUGCAUGGUAUCCAAGUGAAAUACUGGAUCCCCACAUAGUGCUGUUAACAUCAGACAAUGUAAUAAGAAUUUACUCUCUGCGUGAGCCCCAGACACCCACUAAGGUGAUUGCACUUUCAGAAGCAGAAGAGGAGAAUCUAAUACUCAAUAAAGGAAGGGCGUAUACCGCAUCUCUAGGAGAGACAGCAGUUGCAUUUGACUUUGGGCCAUUGGCAGCAGUCUCAAAUAAUAUAUUUGGACAAAAAGGCAAAGAUGAAGUAGUGGCAUACCCACUGUACAUCUUAUAUGAGAAUGGGGAGACUUUCCUGACAUAUGUUAGUCUGUUACACAGCCCUGGAAAUAUUGGAAAGCUUUUGGGUCCAUUGCCUAUGCAUCCUGCAGCUGAAGAUAACUAUGGUUAUGAUGCUUGUGCUGUACUCUGCUUACCCUGUGUCCCUAACAUCUUAGUGAUCGCUACUGAGUCAGGAAUGUUGUAUCACUGUGUUGUACUAGAAGGGGAAGAAGAAGAUGACCAAACAUCAGAAAAAUCCUGGGAUUCCAGGGUCGACCUCAUUCCUUCUCUGUAUGUGUUUGAAUGUGUUGAGUUGGAGCUUGCUCUGAAACUGGCAUCUGGAGAGGAUGAUCCCUUUGGUUCUGACUUUUCUUGUCCAAUCACACUUCAUAGAGAUCCCAAGUGUCCUUCAAGAUAUCACUGUACUCAUGAAGCAGGGGUACAUAGUGUUGGACUAACUUGGAUUCAUAAACUUCACAAAUUUCUUGGAUCAGAUGAAGAAGAUAAAGACAGUUUACAGGAACUUGCUACAGAACAGAAAUGCUUUGUUGAACACAUCCUUUGUACGAAGCCACUGCCGUGCAGGCAGUCAGCUCCAAUUCGAGGAUUCUGGAUUGUCUCCGACAUUCUGGGGCCCACGAUGAUCUGCAUCACCAGUACCUACGAAUGCCUCACAAGGCCUUUAUUAAGUACAGUCCAUCCAGCAUCUCCUCCCCUGCUUUGUACCCGAGAAGAUGUUGAAGUGGCAGAGUCUCCCCUCCGAAUCCUGGCUGAAACUCCAGAUUCCUUUGAAAAGCAUAUUAGAAGUAUUUUGCAGCGUAGUGUUGCCAAUCCAGCAUUUCUGAAUUGUUUUACUCAGCUAAGAAAAAUAAUGGUAGAAACUUUGUUUUUAAGAUCAUCCGAAAAGGAUAUAGCUCCUCCUCCUGAAGAAUGUCUUCAGCUCAUCAGCAGAGCCACUCAGGUGUUCAGAGAACAGUACAUCCUUAAACAGGACCUGGCAAAGGAGGAGAUUCAGCGGAGGGUCAAAUUAUUAUGUGACCAAAAAAAGAAACAACUAGAAGAUCUCAAUUAUUGUCGAGAGGAGAGGAAAAGUCUGCGGGAAAUGGCUGAGCGCUUGGCUGACAAAUAUGAGGAAGCCAAGGAAAAACAAGAAGAUAUCAUGAACAGGAUGAAAAAAGUACUUCACAGUUUCCACUCUCAGCUCCCAGUCCUCUCUGAUAGUGAGCGAGACAUGAAGAAAGAAUUACAGCUGAUACCUGACCAACUUCGGCAUUUGAACAAUGCCAUCAAACAGGUUACUAUGAAAAAAGACUAUCAACAGCAAAAGUUGGAGAAAGUGCUUAGUCUUCAAAAACCCACCAUUACCCUUAGUGCCUACCAGCGAAAAUGCAUUCAGUCCAUACUGAAGGAGGAGGGUGAACACAUAAGGGAAAUGGUGAAGCAAAUCAAUGAUAUCCGCAAUCAUGUGAACUUCUGAAGAUUCACACCUGAAGUUAACACCACUGAAGGCUUAAACCCAUAGUAUAAAACAAACAGGUAGCAUUGUCUAAUUUCUAAAGGCAUUUUGGAUGGCCUUUGGUGUGGUUGUUCAUCUUUUUUUAUACUUUGUUGUAUAAUUAUUGAAUAAAUGCUUUUAUUUAAAAAUUGGAA